AUGGCAAAGAGGAUGCUUCUGUCAUGUUUACCGCAAUCUCAGCUAAAGCUUCAAUGGUCUACGCGUGUCUCGUCAUUGAUGAUUUCAGUCAAACGGUCCAUUCGUGGCUGCUAUGAUUUUGUUCAGGAGAAAGCAACAGUACCAGGAAUCGACGAAGAUAAGCAAGAAGAUUCUUUGUUGAAGCUUCUUGCUUUGCCUUACCCCACUCUCUCCGAGAAACUCAAACGCGCCGCCUUGGAUCUCAAAGAAACUAUAGUGGUGAAGACAUGGGGCUUUACAGGGCAAGAUGUCAAAGACUUUUCCCUAUAUACAGGCUCUCUUGGAACUGCUUUCUUGCUUUUGAAAUCCUAUCAAGUUACCAACAACAAAAGCGAUCUCAAUCUCGCUUCUGAGAUUAUCAAAGCUUGCGAUUCCUCUUCUUCCAGUUCCAGGGUUGUCUCUUUUUUACUUGGACGCGCUGGAGUUUGUGCACUCGGUGCUGUUGUCGCAAAGCACCAAAGCAAUGAGCAAAUGGUUGAUUACUAUUUAACCCAAUUUAAAGAGAUGAAGUUAAGUGAAGAUAUACUAGAUGAAGUAAUAUUUGGUAGAGCUGGAUACUUAUCAGCAUGUCUCUUUCUUAACAAAAACUUAGGCCAUGAAACAAUUCCAUCUUCCCAUACUGGUGUAGUUAUCGAUAAGAUGAUUGAGAAUGGAAGAAAACUGGGUGCAAAGGGAAAAUGCCCUUUGAUGUUUGAGUAUAAAGGUGAGAGGCAGUGGGGAGUUGCACAUGGGUUAGCUGGGAUCUUGAAUGUCUUAAUGCGUUUUGAACUUAAAUCGGAUGUGGUUUUGGAUGUGAAGGAGACUCUUAAGUAUAUGAUUAAGAAUCGUUUUCCAAGUGGAAAUUACCCAAAACAAGAAGAUAUGAAAAGUGAUCUUCUUGUGUAUUGGUGUCAUGGUGCAUCUGGAGUUGCUCUCACAUUAGUUAAAGCAGCUGAGGUUUUUGAUGAUAAAGAGUUUCUCGAAGCGGCAAUCGAUGCAUCCAAAGUCGUGUGGGAGCGUGGAUUACUGAAAAAAGUCGCAAUUUGUCAUGGGAUAAGUGGGAAUGCAUACGUGUUCCUCUCUCUUUAUAAAAUGACAGGAAACGUGGAGUUUUUACACAAGGCGAAGGCGUUUGCGUGUUUUUUACUUGAUAAAUCUCACAAACUCAUAUCGGAAGGCGAAAUGCAUGGAGGUGAUAAUCCAUACUCGUUGUUUGAAGGAAUUGGAGGCAUGGCCUAUCUCUUCCUUGAUAUGACCGAUCCGACGAAUGCUAAAUUCCCUACACAUGAAGUUUGAAAAAUGUUGUAUUUGGUAGAGAUGGUGUAGUUUGUGUGGGUUUAAUAAAAUAGUUUUGCAUUUAUGUAGUGUGAAAUACAAGAAAUAACAAUGUGUUUUUAUUUUUAUUUAUCUGUGUAUUAUAGUAUCUUAUUUUUAUUUGUGUGCGAAUGGUUAUUUUUCUAGCGUUUUGUCAAAUGUGAGUGCGAUGUAAAUCAGAUAUACAACAUAAUAUCUUCU